AUGUUAUCUGAGGAGCAACGGACCACGCUCAGGGAAGCCAUCAAAAAGUGGCAGAGCCAAUUGAAAACAUGGUUCAAUUCGCGCCACCCCAACAAUGCUCGGAAGGUCGCUUGCAUCACCCUGAUCACGAUGGAGAGCUUAGGCGUGAAGCCCAAGCACCAAGUUCUCAAGGAGCGGGAGGAGUAUUCAAGAAGGUUCUACAAGGAUAGAAUAGAGUCUCACGUGAAGGCGGCACUCGAGCGUGAAAAACUGACGCAUCACGAAUCCCUUAAUGUUGUUAACCGCAUCACAGAUGAACGGUUCGAGCAGGAGGAGGAUUGGGUGAGGAAGCAGGUUUUCGAUGUGAUUGAGGCCAGCAAGAAGCAGUCAGAUGAGAAGAGCUGUGGCGGUGAUACCGAGAGGUCUCCCCGCCAGUACCAACAAGCAAUCAACGACAUGCCGAUUAUCCUGAAGCAGGUAUUCAGCGAGCUGGCGGCAGACUCAGGUUGGGACAUCACAGUCAUAGCGGGAGGACCAUGUCCAGAUGAAGAAGGCGACAUCGUCACCAUUGCGUCGCAUUCUGGAACGACUGAAACUGGUCACACCUUCGGUGACAUCCACCCAGGCAUCAUGACCAAUGUGAUGGAUGCCUUCAUUGAGCAUCUGAAGGUCAUAUAUCCUUCAGAUGUUCAGCGGUGCCAUGCGCUUGAUCUCUCGGAAGAAAGUGCUGCAGAUAUUCUUCCGUCCGCGGCGGGUCCAUCGUCUGCUGGUACAGGAAGGGUAGCUACACCGGAACUCCACCCACUGCACUGCAUGAGCGCUGAGGAUUCAAGACAUGCCAGCGGGAACAACUUUUCCGAGGCUCCUGCUGUUCCACCAUGUCCGUCGGAGCAUGCAUCGCCAUUGCCGCCAUCAUCGCCCACACUCUCACGAUCCCCAUCGCUGUUGCUGCCCUCUUUGUCCUUGCCAUCUUCUUUAGAAUUUGUGGCUUCGUUGACAGGGCCGCCACAAUCCCCAAUCCCCAUGCCGCAGAUACCUCAACCUUCGCUAUCAAACGUGAUGAACACCUCGGGAUAUGCAUCUUCCAACUUUGACCUGGCGGGUCACGCAUCUACCACGUCUGUCGAAAAUGACGUGCUUCUGCAAGUGCCACUGAAUGGGUGGGGUGCCGCAUGGCCAUUGCCAUCGGGUCUCGGAGGUGAGCAAGUACCAUGGUCAGACUUUGAUGUCAGAAUGUGGACGCCCGACACUACCAACUGGGUUAUCAACGAGCUUGGUGUAGGACUUCCUGACCUCAUGGACUCUGCUGCCCCGGCAGCGAUUUCGGUUGACGGAGUCCCAUUGCAGCCAAAUCAGGGUUCCUGUUGGGGUGAUGCCUCCGAUACUGGCAAUACGGUAUCUGGCGCACAUGUGCCUGGACCUCACAUUGCAACCAGUCCAACUGACAUUGCCAACCUUGGUGCAUUCUCCGUUGUGCAAGACCAGCCUAUCGUUCUCCCUGCCACAUCUGAUAUGGCCAGCAGUUCAAUAUUCAGAUUCCCAGUACCACCUCCUGCAUAUGUGAUUCCCAUGCAUGCCCUCACCGCCGCUGCCAUCAAUACCAGCUCCGGGACUUCCAGCGAUGCAGUAUCGCUGCCCGCUGACGUUGUGCAGUCCGGCAUUGAUUCAUCUGCCGAACACGAUGCUCUCUGA